AUGGUGUACCAAAUCGUAGUUCAAAUUCCUUUUAGAUUUUUGGACGAUUUUAAGUAUACAGUUGUACAGACGGCGUUUGACACCGAACCGCUGCAAGUUGAAGAACCGAAUUAUAACAACGAUAAUCGUGAUAGAUGUCAUGCUAUAAUGGAUAAAUAUUUUUUACGACAAACAAACGGUCCAUUAACAGCCGCACUAGUCAUAGGUAAUUGAUUUUGGAAUAUAAUACUUAUAAUUGAUUUACUGAUACAGUAACGCGCUAACUAUCAUUGGCACCAUAUGCAGGAACGGAUCCAGAAGAGCGAAGAGUCCAGCCCCUUCUAAACAUAUUAUUUCUUCGAUUAUUUUAUAAUUUUAUAGAUCCUGAUUUUACUAUAUUCGAAAUUCAAAUCAAUGAUAUAUAUCAUAAAAUAAUUUAUUACGAGGUCUGUUCAAAUAGUUCCGAGAUUAUUUGGAUUGCGCGCCAACGGAGCCGUCUAAGAUCAAUAAUAUUGAUAACAUUGGCUUCUGUGACUUCUCCUAAGCUCAUAUGUUUUUGUAGAUUAUUUAUAUAACUUUCUUUGUUUUGAUGUCAUCGAUGAUUUUGUAAAAUAUUUUUUUCCCAUUUGGGCGAUUUUGUAUUACAUCCAAAAGAAAAGCUUUUUUAAGGGGGGAGGGGGUAUUUUUCCUUUCAUUUGUUUAAUAGAAUCUUGUUUGGUACAGAGGAGUGCAACGGUUCACAUGAGUUUUACCAACAAAUUGUAACUUAAAAACUGCAGAUGUACCAAAUGAAAGUUUUUCUCGAGAAUAUGGAAGAAGGUUCAAGUUUAGGUUUAUUAGGAAUUUUUAGGUACCUACGGUAAAUGACAACUUUUUGACAAUUUAUCAUAAUAAUAGUCAUUGCCUGUAUCGUUAUAUUAUCAUCAAAAUGAAAGAAAAAUCUUCUCCAACCAACUCUCCUCCCCUAAAAAGCUCUUCUAUUGGAUUUAAUACAUUUUUAGUCCUGAACAGACCUCGUAUAUUAUAUUUUGUUUGUAUUUGUGUUGUAAAAAAAACUAUUGAACACCCCCCCCCCUUCCCCCAGAUCUUUGCUCUGAAUUUGUGCAGGGCCUUAUAGAACAAUCAUGUUUAUAUAGAGCCUAAGCUUAAUAUCCAUCUUAAAUUUAGCGACUCGUAUAUUUGUGGCACUUUUGGUGUUCUAAGGUACUUGUCCCCUUUACAUCACGGCCCUGCUGAUUAAUGAAUGCCGGAAAAAACUAAAAAGUCUUUGAUAUUCCUAUUUUUUUAAAUUUUUCUUUUUAAUGCUAUACCUACUGUAUUCGUUAUAUACCAUAAACAUUUUUAAAAUUAAAAAUUGAAUUACCUCCAGAUAGAUAUUGUAAUCCAAUAUUGAAUAUAUAUUUUUAAUCGCAUCUUAAUCUUGUAUUAUUAUAACAUAUACAAAUUAUAUGUUGUAUAUUAUACAUUUUAUUAAUUUAUCUAAAUAUCAAUACUUUAUUCUGUGAACUCUCUUACUGUUUACGAUGAUUAUAACAUUAUUUGUUUUAUCAUAUAUAUAGAAAUUGAAAAAUUUAUUAUUGUUGAUAAACGAUAAGUCAAGUUCAAGUACGUGAAUUUCGAUGUUAUACCUACAACGAAUUCAUAGACAACGAAUCUACGAAAAAUAUUAUGUAAUACAAUUUAUUAUAAUACUGUUUUAUAGUCUGAUGUAUUGAUAAUUGAUAUAAUAUUAUAACUUAAACUAAAUAUAAUAUCUUGCAUAAUUUCAUGAAAUAAAUUAUUUCCAGACCCCAGUAUUUACAAGUUUUAAUAAAAAUAAUAAUAUCAGACAACGAUUUAUUUUUUGUAUUCAUUAAUUUCCAUUGUUAAAGCUUUGGUAGAGUAUGUUAAUAUUACACUAAAUUAUUUAAUUAGGUACCUAUACAAUAUAUUUAAAUAUAUAUUAUUAUAUAUUUUAAAAUAUUGACUUUUUAAGGUGUUUUCUAUAAACAAUUUUAAUAACCCUGGUAUGUUUUAUUACCCAUCAAAUAAAUGAUGUAAUCGCAUCUUAAAAUUAUAUUGAUUAAUUUAAAUUAGGUAGUUAUAAGUAUACCAACUUACCUAACUGAUUUUUUUGAGAGAAGCACCGUAGGUAUGAUAUGUUUUAGCAUACAAGUCAUGACGAUAGAACGUAAUUACCUAAAUUUUGUUUAUUCUUAAUAGGGCCAAUAUUUUAUGAAUUUGUAUAAUGGUUAAUAGAAUAGUUAAGUAUUUAAUACCAAAAUGUGUUUCAUGACCUUACUAGUAAGUAUACCUAUACAAAAUGUUGGUUGACAUAUUUUGGCGUUUUAAAAUUUUUAGGUCAUAUUUUAAGAUUUUGUGUGUUUUAAUAACAUAUUGAGGAUUUCGGACAUUUUAAAGAUGUUUUAAACAUAAGUCACAAAGAAGGUCGUUGAAUUAUUGGUAAAUUUUAUCCGAAAAGUUAACAAGACAUUCCAUAGUACCUCUUUUUCUUCUAAAGGUAUAAAGACUAUUGAAUAAAAUUGAAUUAGAUUCAGGCCAUAAAUCAAGUCGUUUCUUGAAAAUGUGUUCUAUGAAUUUACAAAUCGUGGAAGAAAGGGCAAUAGGUCUGAAAGAAGAGGAAAAAUUAGCUUUAGUGAUGGAAAUAACAUUGAAACCGGUCCAGGAACAAGUAGUUAGUCAUUUGAAAUAUCUUAACUCGUGGGUUAGACCAAACAGUCUAGUAUUUUUGUAA